GCAGACGACGUUUAUAAAGUUCUUGGUCGUGGUUUGCCGCUCAGCGGAAGGAAGGAUGGCAUUCUUGUACUUCUCAUCAGGUGCCCAAAAGUAUUUGCUAGGUUGAUGUUUAUUGGAGAGGGCUUCUUCGUUUCAUUUUAUACAGUGAUCAUCAUCGCUGUCAGAGCUCCUUCUGUCAUUGAAGAGAUACUAGUUUGAGGGGCAUCGAGGAAAGUGACGUUCAAGACCAACCGGAGCUGGGCAACUUCUCUGGCUUGCAACACUCUCGUCUCUACAAACUGGCAUUUAUCUUUCGGACAUACUCAGAGAAUUCAUCAAUGAUUUGUCUAACAAGUAUAUUCCAUUGUUACGUUAUGACGGGAUCAUUUAGGACAUCUUUUGUCAAUUAAUGAAUGACAUUGUAUCUGCCGUCGCCUAACGUUUGCUUUAAGCUAAAAUCAAAGAUAUAGGGCCUACAAUUUUGCUUCGUAUUGCUCGUGGAUCGAUACGAUUUAUUUAUUUUCUGAACAGAUUUGUUCUGAAUAAGAACAAUAUCGCGUUUGCUUUCAAUUUAAAGGGAAGUGGUAUUGUCUGAGUCUGCACGUGACUUUUAAUCAGUCUGAUCUUCAGCCUGAUCAAGAGACACCAACUUUUUAUUUAAAAAAAUUAUCUCACUGUAAAUAACUCUACUUAAGCUGAGAGGACAUUUCGUUCAGUACCAACUCCCCUCCAUCGACUAGUUAAAACAGAAGAUGAGAAUAAACAGACACCUAACAUACGACAUUUAAAGACAUCGGAACCACUUAGUAUUAAACCGCUAUCACGAUUCGAUCUCGAAUAUUAACGUCACUGCAUUCUCUGGAAUCACUCGACGCGUAAUCCAUCGCCCCCUUUUCGGGUAUCGAUGAAUUCGUCUGCCCACGGCUGUGUUAAAAAGUAAAGAAAGUCGAGAUGCUAUAAAAUGAGGUAAAACGGCGAUAAAAACAACAAGAAUGGGAAGUAUGUUUAAUGUGUCGCCUCAAUGACAUUAACUGCAACAAUGGAUGGCCUGUCUGUUAGGAAGAACGAUAAACCCGGAAUCUGGUUAAAACGACCAGAAGUAAAGCAUACCACUGGCAUGCAUGGUAUUGGUCGGUAACACGAGUCCGCUGUCGAUAUUUAGAUUUGGUUACAUAGACUGAAACAUUUAGUUUAUGGUCAAGUUAAUCGAGCGCAAAUAAGAGUAAUGAUCCUUAAGUUUGUAACUUUGCGAGCAAUCUCUUCUUGUUUCCUUCUCCCACCAAGACGAUUCCAUCUGGACAUUAUUUUGAAAGGCGAAGAACCCGACAAACUACACUAAUUAUUGAAAGGUAUCACCAAAGACUUGUUGAUAUCGUCUUAAAAAGAAAGCUUGUUAAGUCUCAUGCCUUAAUUGUUCUCUUGGCGUUGUGCAAGAGUGCUUUUAAUAUGGAAGCAACGCGAAAAUGUGAAUUUCCCCAUUCUAUGUAAGUCGGCGAAGGCACGGGAAAUAAGAAAGCUGGCAAGUGUUUCCAUUAAUUCUUGUUUACAUCAACUGCGUUUAACUUAGUAAAAAAAGGGGGAACAUCAACAAGCAUUUUUCUUGACCAUUCGUCAAGAAGUGCAACUCUUGUUUGGAUCGCUUAUUUACCACCAAAGGAUUUUAAGGAAGGGGGCAUCGUUUUUGUUGGAUCAAGUGAAGUAUCGAAAAGAUUGAUAGUCAAUCAAAUACAGUUGUUUGACAACAAUCGAGAAGGAUUAACUUUGAUAGGAAAAUAAUACCGGGAAGAUGGAUCCAGAAGGAUUUUUAUUCACUGUCGCCUUCCUUUGCGGACUUUUCUCAACGUUGGAAGGAAGGCAUCGAGGGAAAGGGUGUCCGCUUGGUUGCAGUACCUGCUCCGUCUACAAUGGGUGCAUCACAUGCAAGCCAAGGUAUUUGUUUCUCUUGCACCGCAGUGGGAUGAAGCAGGUGGGACUGUGUACCCAUGCCUGCCCCGUCGGGUUCUACCCCAACAGUGCUGGAGAGUACCACCGCUGCUCGAGAUGUCGAAUAGAAAACUGUGAUACGUGCUUCAGUCGGACCUUUUGUUCCCGCUGCGAGCCCCCGUAUGUAGGCCUAUACGGAAAGUGUGUCCUCCAGUGCCCAGAUAACAUGUAUGCUAAUGAGAUGACGUCACAGUGCGAGGUCAAAGUCGACUGUGCUGUGUCACCCUGGUCGCCAUGGAGUCCGUGUAUCAAGAAAGGCCAAACCUGUGGCUUUAAAUGGGGGGAGCAUCGUCGGUAUCGAGAGAUCAUCGCCCGACCCACCCCGGGGGCCACACCCUGUCCCGAGCUGGUGCAGACAGAGAAGUGUCGCACGCAACAACGUUACUGCCCAGGCCACUUGCCGAAGAAGCCGAAGGAUAAGGACAAGCGCAAAAGACAAAAGGAUAAAGAAAUCAUCGACAGCCAGGAGGUUACACCAAGGAAGAGGGACGGUAACAAGAAAGAAAGAACUAAUCGGAAGAAUAAAAAGAGGGAAAGGCAAAAGUCGCCCUCUAGGGACGAAAAGCGGGAAAGGCAGAGGAAAGAUGAUCAGCUGAUAGAAUUUCCCUUGUCGACGAGGAGGACGAUAUGAAAUAAGCGAAAGGCUUGAAAUGGAUUGAAGCGGGAUCUGUAGACAUGAUGGAUAAUGCAGAAUUCAAGGCUGGAUUCAAAAUGAAGAACAACUAUCGGCUCGUCCCGUGAGGAUUCGAUGCAUAUUCGGCAUUAAUCGCACCGUCUUAUUAUGUGAACAAUCAUUAUUAUAAUUAUCAUCAUUCCGUUCAUAUUCCAUUUGUA